AUGUCCAUGACGGAGCAAUUCUAUUCGGCUCCACAAACUGCCACCACUCCAGGCUCACAAGCCUUUUCUUCAAAUAACCCAUUCCGCCGUGGCUCUUCACCUCUAGCAGGUCAAUCAUCUUCUAAUCCUACAAAUCCUGGAAACUUUCAAGGAAAUAUCGCAAACUAUUCUUCUGGUAUUUCAUCAUCAUCAAAUCGUCAUAGCCCACCAAUUGAAGGCCCUAUCCCUGCUACCCAUUACGCUAGAAUUCCCUCAGGCACAACUUCAACUUCUGCUAUUCCUCCAGCAGUUACCCCAAGAAGACCCUCAUACCCUAAAACUCUCCCUAUAACUGCUCCUCAAAGACCAGCUUCUACAUCAGGAAUUAACGACUCUUUUGAUUUUGAAGAUAACGUUCCACGCCAAAGCCCACCAAAUUAUUCCCAACGUCAAGCUUCUUCAAGCUCAUCAAAAUCUUUCCCCACUUCUCGCAAGGGUAGUGUCAGUAGCAACCCAGACGGUCUUGUACCUUUGUCUUCCAUCCCCCCUCAUAAUAAUAAUAACAAUUUCACUGGAAGACGCCCGGUUUCUUCUGUUUACGGCAACCCCCGUUUUUCAACCUCAGACCAAUCUCUUUUCCGCUCUCAUUAUGAUGGCCCAGAAUUAUUGACUGGACCUCUUGGAAUUCAUCCUGCAAUUCAUGGAGGUGCUUACCGAGACUCUGGUUAUGAUCUUGUGGACCCAAAAUCUCCUUCUGACCCAUCAAUUAAUGGUGGUGGUUCGUCAUCAUCAGCUGCUGCUGCUGCUGCUGCUGCUGCUACUUCCAAUGGGAGUGGCUCUUACGAUGAUUAUUACCAUGGCCCAAGAUACCACCAAUAUGAUCCACGGUACGACCCACGGUACGAUUCUCGGUACGACCCAAGAUAUGACCCUCGUUAUGAUACACGUUAUAAUCCUCGCUACGAUCCUCGCUAUGAUCCAAGAUACGACCCACGAUAUGACCCAAGAUAUGAGCAUCGUUAUGACCAGCGUUAUGAUCCACGUUAUGAUCCAAGAUAUGAUCCACGUUAUGAUUCUGGUCCUCAUCAUCACCCUAGUGCUGCAUUUCCUGGACAUCCUCCUCCAAGAUACGACUCACGUUUGGAGCUUCCUACUAAAUACCCUCUUCGUCGCACCAGUGAAUCAAGCAAUAAUCAAUCUCGUUCGCGUACCCCUUCCGAUGCUGCAACAGUUAUUCCAAAACGUCAAGUAACAAAUCCCUUUUUGGAUUCUGAAGAUAAUGAAGAACCUUCAAAGCCUUCAUCUUCAUCUUCAUCUUCAUCUUCAUCUUCUAAACCUUCUGGAGUACCUUCUGUUACACCGCGUGCAGCUGCUUCUUCUGCAAGUCCCUCAAAUGGAAUCCCCCCAGCUUUUACUCGUAAGCAUGGACCACCGGCAUUUGCAAGACCAAAUAGUACAUCUUCUUCAGUUCCCCCUCGUUCCCGUAGCCGUCCUGUGACUAUGUUUUUUGAGAGUGAUUAUGAUGAUUAUGAUAGUAUUAUUGGUGGAUAUGAAGAUGAUUCUGGGUCUAAUCAUAGUGGCCAUGACAGAAACAGUGGUUAUGGAGGAGGUGGUGGCCCUGGUGGUCAUUAUCCUCAUAACCCUCGUCGGUCUAAUUUUUAUGGUACAGCAGCAAACUUAUCUCCAAUGGGACCUCCAAAUUCUUCUUCUUCUUCUUCUAAAUUCGGAGGAGGCAAUAGAAAUCCUCCUCCUUAUAUCCCGUUUGAUGGUCCAAGUCAUGGAUCUCCAGGACCUGGUUCAAGGGUGCUGCGCAGAACAAACUCUAACGACUCCAUUUUUGCCUCCUUCCACCCACCACUACCACCUUCUACCCUAAAUAAGCAACAACAACACCCAAAACAGCAGCCACCUACAAUGAAGCGCCCUUUACCUGCCCCUGUCUCUGCUAUUACUACUACUACUACUACUACUACUACAAAUAACACAACUACUAACACUAACACUAACACUAACAAAAUCACCCCCUCUGUUGUUGUUGUUGCUGCUGCCCCUACCACCACCACCACCACCACUACAAAUCCAUCCACAACCACCACAAAAACUUCUUCUUCUUCUUCCCAACCACCUGUUCCUUCCUCUUCUAAUAUUAAUACUACUACUACUACCAACAACAACAACAACAGCAACAACAAUACAUCUACAACAACAAAUCAAUCAUCAUCAUCCUUUUCUUCUUCUACUUCUUCUACACUUCCACCUCUUAAAAAACAACCUCCUCCUCUUCCUCCACCAUUGGCUUAUCAAGAAAACGCUCGUAAAUCUCUUCUUCUUGACUUUGGACAACCAAAACCAGCCUUUAGUCGCCCUCGCCACCUUCGCUCAAACUCAGACUCUUCUUUAAUGGAACCUGCUCAAUUUCGUCAACAACCCCCUCACUCUGGGUCUUCUUCACGCUCGUCUAGACCCCACGAGUACUCAUCGACCUCUUCAUCUUCUCGUCGUCGUGAAAGUGAUGACUACAAGCCAUCCGAAGAAGGACGUUCAUCUCGUGAUCGUGAACAUCGUUCCAAGUAUAAGGAAUCCUCUUCUUCUUCUUCCUCUAAAAACCCCAAGAGUAAAGAAUCUUCAUCUUCUCGCCACCGUUCAUCAAAGGAUAAAAAACCUUCUCGCAAGGGCCCUCCCUUGGAUACUAUUGACCGUAUGGAUGUGACUGGCUUUUUCGGACCCGGAUCGUUUCAUCACGAUGGACCCUUUGAUGCUUGCACUCCUCACCGCAAUAAAAAUAACAAGAAGGCUCCAGUUGCUGCUUUCCCUAUUAAUGGCGCAAACAACUCUCUUGCUCUUGAUCCCAACCGUGAUCGCUUUUCUACAGAAAAUAAUAUUUUGAUGCAAGGUGACAAUCCCGCAUAUCAGGAUUAUAGUAGCGCUGGCACUUCAAACAUUCCACUCUUACGUCCUGGUGCUAAUAAGAGCGAAACCUCUGUUACUUUUGACCCAACCCUUAAGGCUUCACAAGUCCAUGGCAAUACCACCAUGGGUCUUGGGUCUUCUACUUUUUUGGAGGGUGCUCCUGCUCCCCGAGCUGCUGUGGAUUCUGCAGCAGCAGCAGCUUCUUCUUCUUCUGGUCUUUCUCGCAAAAAGUCUCUUGUUCAAAAGAUUCGAGGCACAGCAUCUAGUAGCCCUGCCCCUCCUAGACCUCCUCGUGCUAGCUUUGAUUCUUCAGGGCACCACCACACGUCAUCAGAGUCAGGCAUUGUUACGUAUACCUCUGGCAAUGGCAACACUUUUGUGUCCAGUGGUAAUAAUGGUCAUGCAGGGGUUGAUGGAGAUGACGGUCCUACUCAAGAUAUUGAAAAGGGUAUGGCAAGCAUCAAGGUGUCAUCACCCGACGUGGUGAGCUGGGAUCACCACCACCACCAUACACGUACUAAUAGUAAUGGAGGCAGUCCAUCUCCUGCUGGACCUUCUUCUUCUACAUCUCCUCCUCACCAAACUGGAACUAGUGAUGCUCAUAAGGGUAAUGGUUUACUUCGCAGAGUUCGCAGUUUGAAGACUCCUGGUCGCCGUUCCGGUUAA